AUGUGGCCGACGAGGGCGACCUCCAAGAGGGGCAGAAGGGGUUCGAACUCAACUUCGGGUCGAGUCCCUCCCCCUGGAAAAGAGAUCAAAGUUCCCCUGCCUGUUCCACCGCCAGAUCCGAACAUGUCGGAUCCACGCCUUCUCAUCAAUCGCCCAUGCAUCUAUGAGCGGCGGCUACCGAGCGAUGCCCAUGUCGCAGCCUACGUUCAGCGCCUUCAGCAUGGCUUCUACGCAAAUGAUGCGGUGUCCGACAUGGACUCCGACCACGUGGACUUUCUCGGCAUCACCUUCGUUUUCCACUCAGCUCAGUCUCUCAACCACCGCUUCAAAUCUGCUGUGAUUCGAGCCUCUGUCGCUGACGGCUCCGAUGGAACCCAGAAUACUUACUCUGCCUACCUGAUGCUCAUGACAUGCGGGGUCUCCGAAGGCCCCGUCAACGCGAGCAUAAUACCUUCCGGCGGUCUGAACGGCCGCUACAACCGCUAUGAAAUGAUGCGCAUCCAGGGCUCUGCUCGCACCCGGAAAAGCCCUCGCGGGCGCGCCUUCGAUAUAGAGUCCGGGGAAGUCGUCUGGUCCUUAGAGGAAAAUAGUCUUGACCGCACCGGCCUUCCUCGGGAGUUCACCUUUGUCAUGCUCGUCCAAAAACCAGCCGUGGACAGUAAGGUUUCUUUGGACAUCAAUAUCGAGCCUGUCCUUCAAUCACGAGUGGGGAGCUACCCAAAUUGGAUGCUUGCUUUGCCCGCAUACCAACCCAUCAGACGAAAUCAUGUCGAUUUUAACAAAGAGAUAGGCCAGCGUUUUACCCCUGCUAUCCCUGGCCGCGGGUUCAAUUUUGCUGGAUUGAAAAGUGCGUUUGAAGAUUACAUGGCAAUGCCAGGUCGUCAUCACUCGCGGAGUAUCGAGAUCCCAGCCAGUAACUCAACCCAGUUUAACGGCUAUUCACCCGGGUCCCAAGGAAACCAAGGGUACCAAGCCGGGUGGGGUUUCAACCCGGCCAACCUGCUCUCAAGCAACGGCACUUCCUUCUCAGCCGCGGCAGUCCCAGGGGACGUUCUGCGCGCUGAGCUAGGCUCGCUCCCAAUCGGUAUUCAGGGCAGCAACUCCCAAACAGCGCCGCAAACCAGCAAUACCACCGGGCAACCGCAAUCGGGCGGUAACACCAUGAAUCUGAACAUCAGGAUCGAGAACCCUGCCCUGAACACCCCACACCACCACCAGUGGCGGUCUCCCGUUGCUACGGUAGAAGAUGACGACAGCAACGAAGUUUUAUCCGAAAGCAGCGUGGAGGAGGAAUACAAGGAGAACGAGAAUGAAGGCUGGCUUGCGUCCCUCCGAUUGGAAGACAGUGAGCGGGCGCGCAUGGUAGCUGGGAAGUGCUAUGAGGAAGAGGAGAAGCAGCGCAGCCCCUCUCUUCCUCCUCUUUCAACACGGGACGCAAGCCACCGAGUGAUGAGCAUGGCGAAUGUGCCGGUCACCCAUUCGAUGCUUUCGUCAUUAGCUGGGACGAGGCAAAGCUGGGUCCAGCCAGACAGACGUAGCGUGCACCUGGGAGCCAAGACGCGCGAAGAGCAACCCAAAGAAAAUCAUUACAUGGCGAGGGAGCGCCGUAAAUGA